CGACGUCAUCUUCCUCUUCGUUUAAAGUCGUCUUCUUUUCUUCCCUUUUUUUCUAACAUAAUUUAAGUGUUUACUUUUACAAAAAAAAUGAAAAAGAAAAUGGCCAACCUCAGCUUGACUGCAAUGCUGAACAGGUGUUUCCGCUACAGCUUUUCCAAAGCCGGUCUCCGAUCAUCGACUAUGGACCUCGGCGACGGCACCGUCAUGCACAUCUGGGUCCCCAAAGUUCACAUCAAAUCCAGGCCCACGUUAAUCCUGAUCCACGGCAUAGGCGCCAACGCAAUGUGGCAAUGGAACGACUUCGUUUCACCUCUCAUGUCCCGCUUCAACGUCUACGUCCCGGACCUCCUCUUCUUCGGCGACUCUUACACGUCCCGACCCGAACGUUCCGAGCAGUUUCAGGCUCAGUGUGUGAUGCGGGUCAUGGAGGCCCAUGGGGUUACUGUUAUGAACGUUGUCGGGAUCAGUUAUGGCGGCUUCGUUGGUUAUAGUUUGGCGGCGCAGUUUAAGGAGAGAGUGGAGAAGUUGGUGCUAUGUUGCGCUGGGGUGUGUUUGGAAGACAAAGAUAUGGAGGAAGGGAUGCUUCAAGUGAAAAGUGUAGAUGAAGCCGUUAGUAUUUUGUUGCCCCAAACGCCCCAAAAAAUGAGGGAAUUGAUGAAGAUUUCGUUUUAUAAGCCUAGAAAAGGAGUUCCUACUUGUUUUCUAAACGAUUUCAUCCGUGAAAUGUGUUCGGAACAUCUUCAAGAGAGAAAAGAGUUGAUCCAAGCAUUACACAAGGACCGAAAGCUGUCGAAUCUUCCAAAGAUAACCCAGCCAACACUACUAAUAUGGGGAGAACAUGACCAAAUAUUCCCUUUGGAAUUGGGACACAGAUUGGAAAGGCAUCUAGGAGACAACGCAAAACUAGUGAUGAUAAAAAAUGCAGGGCAUGCCAUCAAUGUAGAGAAGCCUAAAGUGUUACUUAAGCACUUCAAAUAUUUCCUUAUCGAUACAUUCAGUCCUAUGGAACCUGGAAACCAUAGCAAUGGCUGUAAAACAGAUUGAAAGGGAUGCAAGGAUGACAAUCCAGGACAUAAGCCUCCAUUAGCAAAUGUAUUGUGUUUUAAUGGAAGAAUACUUAAGGUGAUGCGGAUUUAUGAGCUAUAUUUUGCCUGAAAAUAUUAUUACUCAUUGUCUGUAUAUAAAUCUGUAUGAAUCAGCGACGAUUUGUUAUUAUCUCUAUAUACUUCGUUAUCUAAUAAACUUUCUGCUUUACAA